UUUGCCGGAGGUAAAUCUCACUGUCUCACUUCUUGCUUCCGAUUGCCAAUCUUGUUCGCCUACCUCAUCAUUUCCGGUCACUGCAACCAUCUAAAGCCAACGUCGUAGUCGCCGUCGGCUUUCACUAGCACCGGAGAAGAGCCGGCGACUUCUUUCCCAUAUCAACCUCCUCAAUUCGCCAGCCGGCCAGCCGUCACCGGCGGAUAUGUUCGUAUGUUAUCUACGACGGUCGCAGUCAUCGCCUCGACUCCCACUAGCCGCCAGCGCUUUGCAGCUAGCAACGAGGACCUGCCCGAUGUUGCGGUCAGGCGCCCCCACUACCUCUCCAUUGCUUAGUUAGGGCUUUGAUUGAAGAACGACAUUUUGGAUUUUGAUUAGUUUUCCAAUUGAUUUUGGUUACAGAUUGGGCGACUAACAUUUGGAAUAGAUGUUCAGAAUUAAAAGUAGGUUAUCGACUAAGCUAUUGAACAUAACUGUAGCAUGUCUUUGUAAAGCCAAACAACUGGAGAAAGCGGAGACAGUGAUAAUUGAUGGUAUAAGAGUAGGAGUGCCAGCAGAUGUGGUGACUUACAAUACGCUGAUUACAGCAUACUGUUGUUUUGUAGGCAUUGAUGCAGGUUAUUCCAUUCUUCAUAGAAUGAACGAAGUUGGGAUUAAGCCAGAUGUUAUUACCUAUAACUCUCUGAUAGCCAGUGCUACCAGGCAUGGCAUGUUAUCUAGAUGCCUUGAUCUGUUGGAAGAAAUGCUUGAGGUUGGUAUUCUUCCUGAUACCUGGAGUUACAAUACAUUGAUGCAUUGUUUGUUUAGAUUGGGAAAACCAGAUGAAGCAUACAGGUUUUUUCAGGACAUUUUUUGGGGAGAUAUCCCCCCUUGUCCAGUUACAUUUAAUAUUCUAUUGAGUGGUCUUUGCAUGAAUGGGUAUACAGAGAAGGCUCUUAUGCUAUUUAGGGAAUUAAAGCAUUCUGGAUUCAUUCCACAGUUAGUAACAUACAAUAUCCUUAUUCAUGGACUUUGCAAUUCAGGACGAUGGGCACCUGCAAGAAGGCUUCUCAACGAACUAGUAGAUAUAGGCUAUAAUCCAAAUGCCAUCACUUAUACUACAAUAAUGAAAUGUUGCUUUAGGUCAAGACGGUUUGAAGAAGGGCUUCAGAUCUUGGAAGAGAUGAGAAGGAAAGGAUAUAUAUUUGAUUCAUUUGCUUACUGUACAGUCAUUAGCUUUUUAAUUAAGGCAGGCAGGAUGAAGGAUGCAUAUGAUUGUGUAGGGAAUAUGAUCAUGAAUGGCAUUGAGCUUGAUUUAGUGGCUUACAACACCCUUAUUAAUUUGUAUUGUAAGGAAGGCAAGCUGGAUAAUGCCUAUAUGUUGGUGGUUGAGGCAGAAAGAAAAGGAUUUGACUGUGACAAAUACACGCAUACCAUUAUAAUAGAUGGGUUGUGCAAGGCUGGAAAUAUGAAAGAGGCACUUCGUCAUUUGAACUGCACAAAACUGAUGGGUUUUGAUUCAAAUUUGGUUGCUUUCAACUGCUGUAUUGACGGCUUGUGCAAAGUUGGUGAGGUUGAUUAUGCAUUGAGUGUGUUUAAAUCAAUGGAUGAGAAAGAUUGUUUUACCUAUUCAUCAUUGGUGCAUGGUCUUUGCAAGGCUGGGAGGUUUCGUGUAGCGUCCGAGCUAUUGCUUUCAUGUAUUAUCGGUGGCAUGAAGAUUCUAAAAUCAGAUAGACAAGCGGUUAUUGAUGGUCUUCAGCAUUCUGGGUUUAUUCAGGAAGCAAGGAAGCUCCAUUCUGAACUAAAGUUGUCCAAGAUAUUGAACUAACGAUGACCUAUCAAAAGAAGAUAGUGUGCUACAGAAGGCAAGAAUGAUGAAAAUGUUGAUCUAGCAUCAAGAAGACUAGGAUUAUGUGGACUGUGAAGAUUUCUUGAUCUUUGUAAGGUAUGUUUUCUUAUGGUAAACAGGGUUUCUUUGCAAAUUGUAAGAGCUAUACCUUGCUGAUCAUUUUGCCAAAGUCUACUCAAGAUUGAUUGCAUGGAAAAUGGCAAUUCUGGCUUUCUUAUACAGUCUUCGUCAGCAGGCCUCUUCAUUAUCAACUGGUAUUCAUGCAGUGAUGAGGUGAAUGAAAAUGCUGUGAUGUACCCCUGAUCUUUUGUAUACUUGUAUGCACAAGCUUGGGAAUGCAGCUUCUGGGAUUAGCUAGAAACUGCAAAGCAGGCACAGGAUUCAAAUGGUCCAUAUGCCUGACACUGGAGGAGCACCAUUUAUACUCAGGUUCGGUGCUCAUAUUCUGUGUAUGGUGGGUUUAGAACUAGAGAUGUGCAACUUUUCAAAUAUCUCAAAGUCAUAGUGGAAUUCAUGGCCUCAAGGUUCAAAUUCCCGGUAUUAACAGCAGUUAACAGAACUAUUAAUUGAAUCAAUGGAGCCUCUGUGUCAUGUUCAAGAUCAAUGCCUUUUUGGGUCACCAUCUUGAAUCCUUGUUUCCCACAUCAUCAGAAUGAGUUACCUGCAUCUGUUAAUAUGCUUUCCUCAUCAGCUACUACUGCUGCAGUGCAGUCUGGUGACCUUAAUCAGAGUGGAAUCCUUGCAGAAAGAUCAUCAGAUGAUGAUUUAAUAUGGGCAGAAAUUCAGCAAGCUUCAAGCUAUCACAAUUCACAAGGGUACAUAUUCAAAGCUUGUGGAUUAUUAUAAACAAAUUCAUUGUCGUGUUAUUGUGAAAUAAAUAUAUUCAUCAGAUUGUAAUUGUAAUACAUUGUAUGCUAUCCCAAAAAAGGAGUCAAUUAAUUGAAAAAUUUCACUUAA